GCACUCCGGGCACGGCGGCGCUGGAACCCGCGCGUUCUAUUGCUUAGCUCCGCUGCGGUGCGUGCGAGGGACGUCGGGGGCGGCGCCACAACAGUUGCCCCUGGUAACGGGGGUGGCACAGGGAGGAGGAGGAGGAGGAGGAGGAGGAGGAGGGACUCGGCAGAAGGAUGGGCUUACUCUCAAUUUUGCGAAAAUUGAAAAGUGCACCAGACCAGGAGGUGAGACUCCUUCUCCUGGGUUUGGAUAAUGCUGGCAAGACCACCCUUCUGAAGCAGCUUGCAUCUGAAGACAUCAGCCACAUCACACCUACACAGGGUUUUAACAUCAAAAGUGUACAAUCACAAGGGUUUAAACUGAAUGUAUGGGACAUUGGUGGACAGAGGAAAAUCAGACCAUACUGGAGGAAUUAUUUUGAAAACACUGAUAUUCUUAUAUAUGUAAUUGACAGCGCAGACAGAAAAAGAUUUGAAGAGACGGGCCAGGAGCUAGCUGAAUUACUGGAGGAAGAAAAGCUAAGUUGUGUUCCAGUGCUCAUCUUUGCUAAUAAGCAGGAUUUGCUCACGGCAGCCCCUGCCUCUGAAAUUGCAGAAGGACUGAACCUGCACACCAUCCGGGACCGAGUCUGGCAGAUCCAGUCCUGCUCAGCUCUCACAGGAGAGGGCGUUCAGGACGGCAUGAACUGGGUGUGCAAAAAUGUCAUCACAAAGAAGAAAUAAAACCUAGACGAAUGGAGACGCGGGAGCUUCAGGAACUGAGUUCUGUCCUGAAAAAAACACUAAUUUGCUGCUUUCUGACCAAAUGUUUUUCCAUCUGUGUACAGCUACAGCUGUUUGAAGAGAGGGUACAACACAGUUUAAAAAGAAUCCCUAUUCCAGCAGUAGAUUUAACUGAUCUCUGAGGUUCGGUAUCAUUUUUCAAAUAAAGGAAUUAUUUCCUCUGCAUAA